UGUGGGCUCAUAUAUUCUAUAUUUAUUUACUGCAGUUUCAAAGGAGUAUAAGUCUAAUUCAAUAUAGCUAAUUCUAUAGGAUUACUUAUUGUCCAAUGCACGCUCAUUUGCCGACAUUUUCUUGGGCAUUCGAGUGCUAUUUGCGGACAAAGAGAAAAAUUUAACAUAUUUACCAUUGGCUGGCUGUCCUUCAAUGGCGCUAAUCAAAUUACAAAUUGUUAAAACAACUGAAACUGUUGUAAAGUUAGUUUAGUUAAAUACCGGAGUAGCUACGUGUUUUAUAGGCGAACUAUAAGUUUGGAUAUUUGUACAAUCAAAUAAUGUUGGAUUCUUAUUGCUGUCCAAUGCACGCUCUUUUGCCGACAUUUUCCUGGGCAUUUGAGUGCUAUUUGCGGACAAAGAGAAAAAUGAAACAUAUUUACCAGUGAUUAGUUGCAUUUUAAUGGCACCAACCAACUUGAAAAAUGUUUCAACAAAUUAAAGACUUAGGAAAGAAAUUUGUAUAAUGUGAGGAGCUGCAGACCUGGUUAUUAAUGCAUUUAAGAAGUGCAGUUUGUAAUGGCCGGAUAAAGUAGAAAAUUUAGUAUAGUAUUGAGUAAUUGCUUAGUGCAAAGGAACCUUAAAGCCAAUCGACAUAUGUACAUACAUACAUAUAUACAAAUGUUAUAACAUCACAUGGAUGAACCUAUCAAGAGCCCUUUUAUACCCUUAAUUGUAAAAAAUAUAUUAUUUUCCUAACAAAACCACUGCUUUUUGAGCACGUGGUCUAACAACGUCAUAAUCAAUACGUUACGUAUAGAACUGCUGGUCACUUGCAACAAAUGUUUGUAGUUAUAUGCAAUGUAUAGCUACUUAUAAAUUUUUAAUAUCAGCAUUAUAUGUUUGGAAAUUGUGCCGGUGAUAUUAAAUCGAAUUGCUCGUUGAUUACAAAAUAUGGAAGUGUUAUGUUUAUCACUGGUUAUGUUAAAAGAACGAAUGAUUUGAAACACAUUUUGUUUCGACAAGUCUAGCUGUAUAAUAUCAAUAGUUUCCUGAGAAAUAGUCUUGGUAUGUCUUCUAUUAAUUUUCAAAAUUGUCUUAUGUGGCCCACUGUAUCUAUAUAGAAAUAGUCUUGGCAUCUUUUCAAUAAGAGCUAUUAAUUUUAAAAAUUGUCUACUGUUGCCCACUGUAUCUAUGUAUGUAUGUAUGUAUGUAUAUACAUUUUUAGAUCUUACAAUAACGCACAUAGAAGCGUCAUAUGUAUACCUAUGACUUUUCUUAACACAAUAUCGUUUGCCAUUGAAAAGGACGAUGUAAAUAGUGCUCUGCGUAGAAUGUUAAUUGUUUGUUACGGUGGAAUCAUAAAACAAACCAUAAAGUGACCCACGCAACACAACACAUGCAGGUAGAAUUUCUAUUGGUGGCCCAUAGACAAAGCAGCACCCACAUUUUCAAUGCGAUCACGAACAGAGCAAUCAGUUAAAAAUAAAUAAAGCAAGAUUCAGGUAGGUAAAAUGUCAAAGAAUUACACCAUGGCAUGCUCAAACAUACAAAUGGUCUGUUUGUUUUGAACACAUUCACGCAUGCAUACAAAGGCACCGUAACAAAAUUCUUUAGAACCGCAUGCAUUGGGCAUUUGUGCAGCAUGUUGCAAGUAAGAAAAGAUUCCUUUAGAAAACGCUUCAGUUGGUUACUUGCAUUGGCAGCAAGUAGACAGACAAAUUGGAUAAUUCAUACGCGCGCGAAGUAGAACGAAGUGAAAUUAUUUAAUUUUUUUUGUACAGUGUAAAAAAAUUAAAAAAGAAAUGUUUUUGGAUUACAGAAUACUUUGCUUUUUAAUUGUCUUGAAAUGGGCGCACACACAACAGGUGCCUACAAUGCCGUACCGACAGGCGCUAUAUUUCCAUAAACUGCAAAAGUACCCCAGCUAUAAGAUUAUAAAUGCGCAAGAGGCUAGAUUGGCAACAACAGAGCCAGCUGUUAUAAGCACCGAGCUAGUGGAAGCUGCUACUACCACAAGCACUUUAGCGCCACCAACAAGCGCUGACACUGCAAACGAUUCUAGCACCGACGCCAGCCCAACCGACGUUACAACUAAACCUGCUACAGCACCACUGGAAAUUUCGACAGGUAAUACUAUUUAUACACCCGAUGAGUUUCCGCAUGAUUUGCUUGAAAUUGCACGUUCAAAGCUCGGUCUAAAGAGUCUUGAUGAAGUGCCCAGUAUAAGUGAGCUCGCCGAAUUUCUUGGCACUGCCAAUGCGUCGGAGACCAUUAAGUAUAUACGCCAGAUGACAAACACAGAACAAGGUAUCGCGCUGAUAAAAGCCUACCUUGAAUCGGCCGACUUCACCGAUCGCACCGAUGAGCAGCGUCGUCGUCAGCAACAACAACAGGCGUUAAAUGUAGCAGCUACUACUGAAACUAAGAAAAACAAUUUUCUGGAGCGUGUUGCUGCUUAUUUUCAUAUUUACAACCUAUGGCCGCAAAGUGGUAGCGCCGAUGCGGCUGAAACGCGUAAAAAUGUCGAGCAACAGCUAAGCAAAUACAUUAAACCACAGUUGGCGUAUAGAAAGCGUAUGCAAGCGACGCAUCAAACACCCAACAGCGUAGCACACCAUAAGCCAAUGUUAGUGCGUAAUCCCUUACCUUAUCACUAUCCUGUGCCACUGCGCCCCAUUUCCGACAAUCGUGUGAGGCAUAAUGAUGCUGUAGCCAUGCCAAUAGCACCACCGGUCGUUUUUUCGCCCGUACAUUUGAACACACCUAAAUUCUACGUGCCACCGCAUAUAGAGCUGGCACGCGCUACCAAUAUACCACCACAACAACUGCAAACGUUGUUGCAAAGCAAACCAAAACUGGCAGAAUUAGCUGCCAAAGUGAGUCGUUUGCCGCUGACCAACGAUCAUUCCACCCGUAUUGAUGAACAACUGUUGGUGGCGGUGAAACGCGCCAUCGAACAGGAUGAUGACUUGCGCAAAUUGCUACAGAGCACAGCAGCUACACUCAAAUAGCUGAUUGUCGGCUUUUAAUGGUAUUUUAGCAUAAAUUAAUUAAGACUAUUGAAUAAAAUUUGUGGGGAGUUAUAUAUUUUACAAACAUA